AUGGCGAUAAUGGCCAUCGCCGCCGCCACAAUCAACGACCUACCGGAGGUUAUUCUUUCGGUUAUCUUCUCCUUCAUUUCUGACGUCCGGAGCCGAAACCGCCUCUCCUUGGUCUGCCAAAGAUUCCGGGCAUUGGAAAGAGCCACGCGCACCUCCCUCGCGCUCCGUGGUAACGCGCGCGACCUUCACCUGAUCCCUCGCUGUUUCAGCUCCGUCACCCACCUCGAUCUCUCCCUCCUCUCGCCGUGGGGUCACGCGUUGCUUUCUCCAGUCGCGUCCUCCAUCGACCCGAAUCUCCUGGCGCGUCGCCUAGAAGUGGCGUUCCCUUUGGUGACCUCACUCGCCGUCUACGCGCGAUCAGCAAGCACGCUACAGGUUUUGAUACCUCAAUGGCCUGGAUUGCGCCACGUCAAGCUGGUCCGGUGGCAUCAACGGCCGCAAUCACAGCCCGGCGACGACUUCGUCCCGUUAUUUGAGCAUUGUCAUUCGCUAACGACUGUGGACUUGUCGGAGUUCUAUUACUGGACGGAGGACCUCCCUCCGGCUCUACAAGCCUCUCAAACCGUAGCCAAAUCCCUCACCAAGCUAGAUCUUCUGACGACGUCGUUUACGGAAGGGUUCAAGGAUGACGAGAUUCGUGUGAUCACGGAGGCUUGCCCUAACCUCAAACAGUUCCUCGUCGCUUGCAGGUUCGAUCCCAGGCUGAUUGGUUUUGUCGGCGAUGAGGUUCUCCUCACCAUAGCCGCCAAUUGUCCCAACCUUUCGCUUCUUCACGUGGCAGAUACUUCAUCGUUCUGGAACACGCGUGGCAAUCCCGAGGACGAUGGGUUUACCGCGGAGGACGCCAGAAUUAGCCGCGCUGGCUUGGUUGAUUUCUUCUCGGGGCUUCAAUUUAUUGAGGAGUUGUUUCUGGAUGUUUGCCAGAAUGUCAGGGACAGUGGAUUAGCUCUGGAAGUUCUUGCUCGGAGAUGCCCUAGGUUAAAGGUUCUGAAGCUCGGCCAAUUCCAUGGGUUGUGUGCAACGGUUGGAUCGCAGCUGGAUGGAAUUGCUCUUUGCCAAGGGCUGGAGUCGCUAUGGAUCAAGAACUCGGCGGACUUGACGGACAUGGGGCUAAUUGAGAUAGCUAGAGGUUGUUGUAGGUUGAAGAAGCUUCAUAUCUAUGGGUGCAAGGGGAUUACAGUAAAAGGGUUGAGAACACUGGCUUGCUUGCUCCGGCGGACCCUCGUUGACGUUUCCAUCUCUUGUUGUAAGAACCUCGACGCCAAGGGGUCGUUGCAAGCUCUGGAGCCAAUUUGCGAUCGGAUUCAGCGGCUCCACAUCGAUUGCAUCUGGGAAAAUUUGAACGAUUCUGAUGGAGGGUAUUAUAAUUUUGAUUUAAUUGACUCUAUCGAACAUAAUAAGGGCAUUGACUACGACGAGUACGAGCAGAGAAGCAAAAGAUGCAAGUUGGAUGGAGACGCCAUGGCCAAUAGCUCCUAUGACGGCGAUGGGUUUUGGUGCAGCAAGAGCUGGGAUCGUCUAGAGUAUCUCUCUCUAUGGAUAGCCGUGGGAGAGCAACUAUCGCCACUAACAAUGGUGGGUCUGGAGGACUGUCCAAACUUGGAGGAGAUUAGGAUAAAGAUUGAGGGAGAUUGCCGGAGAAGAGCCAGACCAAAUCAAGAAUUCGGGUUGAGCUCCCUCACUAUUUAUCCAAAGCUAACUAAACUAAUUUUGGAUUGUAGGGACACCAUAGGCUACGCUUUGACUGCGCCAGCCGGUCAAAUGGAUCUAAGCCUUUGGGAGAGGUUUUUUCUUAAUGGAAUUGAGAUACUUAGUCUUGACGAACUUGAUUACUGGCCGCCUCAGGACCAGGAUGUGAACCAGCGCAGCCUCUCUCUACCAGCUGCUGGGUUGCUCGCUGAGUGUAUCACGUUGAGGAAACUCUUCAUCCAUGGAACCAUUCAUGAGCAUUUCAUGAAUUUCUUUCUCAAGAUACCAAACCUCAGGGAUGCGCAGCUCAGAGGAACUUACUAUCCUGCGCCCGAAAACGAUACAAGUACGGAGAUGAGAGUUGAUUCUUGUUGUCGUUUUGAAGAUGCACUCAAUAGUCGUGUCAUUGAAGACUGACAAAGAAAACUAAUAACAAAUCCUUGAAAGUUUUGCCGGGAAACUAAUGAAUGUGCAAUGUAAUAAGUUUUGAGAAAUUUUCACAAUACGAUAUAUUAUUAUAUCUUUUUUUUA